UUUAUAUCAGUGUGACAGAUUCACAAUACCGUGUCUCAAACCGUACCGCGCUUUUAUCUGCCUAACGGUAUCUUCAAGCAAGACUGGUUAGGCCUUUUGGAUAGCUUGUCCAAGGCCCAAGACAUAAAGUCGCCUGAAAGCUGUGUAGCAAUAAUUCCAGCUUCUGACCAAGAAUCAUGGAUACCUUUCAUACCUUCUCAUCACAAGUUGGAACUAGUGGUCAACAUUGGGACAAUGCAGCCCAAAAUAACAGGGACCAACAUUUUCAUGGAGGUAAGCACUACACUUCUGAUGGGUUUAAAGAUUGUAUUACAUUAUCUAAAAGUGAGAAAGUAAACCCCAGCUGUUUUUAUUCUUUUCACAGGGAAGAACAAUCCCCAUUAUGCCAUGAAUGUUUCAUUGCUGAACAACCAUAGAUAUUUUUCCUCUAAUUUGGCUCCCGUUCCUCCCAACAGUGAGCAAGACCUGUCAGCAGAGCUCACUGGAGCAGGGAGACAUGCCGUCACCCUUUUGGCGCCUGACAAAAUCAUCACAGCAGCCGAAGUUGCUGUGCAGAGGGAGGAGAUCCUUCGAGCAUCAGGCCUCAUCCCGUCACAGAGGGAGGAAAUGCUCCGAGCAUCAGGCCUCAUCCUGUCACAGAGGGAGGGUAUCCUCCAAACAGCCAGUGUCCCUGCACAGAGGGAGGGGAUUCUCCCAGCAGCUAACAUCACUGUGCAGAGGGAGGAGAUCUUCCGAGCAUCAGGCCUCAUCCCUGAAGAGAGGGAGGACAUCCGCCUCACAGCCAGUGUCCCUGCACAGAGGGAGGGGAUUCUUCCAGCAGCUACUGCAGCUACUGUCACUGUGCGAAAGGAGAAGAUCCUCCGAGCAUCAGGCCUCAUUUCUGCACAAAAGGAGUUGAUCCACCUGAUGGCCAGUGUCACUGCGCAGAGGAAGGGAAUCGUCCCAAUGGUCAGCGUCCCUGCGCACAGGGAGGGGAUUGUCCCAAAGGCUAGUGUCCCUGCUGAGAGGUUGGAGAUCCUCCGAGCAUCAGGCCUCAUCCCGCCACAGAGGGAGGGGAAUGUCCGAACAGCCAGUGUCCCAGCACAGAGGGAUGGGAUUCUCUCAGCAGCCAACAUCACUGAACAGAGGGAGGGGAUUCUUCCAGCAGCUUCUAUCACUGUGCCGAAGAAGAAGAUCCUCAGAGCAUCAGGCCUCAUUCCUGCACAAAAGGAGUUGAUCCACCUGAUGGCCAGUGUCACUCCGCAGAGGAAGGGAAUCGUCCCAAUGGUCAGCGUCCCUGCGCACAGGGAGGGGAUCGUCCCAAAGGCCAGUGUCCCUGCUGAGAGGGAGGAGAUCCUCCGAGCAUCAGGCCUCAUCCCGCCACAGAGGGAGGGGAAUGUCCGAACAGCCAGUGUCCCUGCACAGAGGGAGGGGACUCUUCCAGCAGCUACUGCAGCUACUGUCACUGUGCGAAAGGAGAAGAUCCUCAGAGCAUCAGGCCUCAUUCCUGCACAAAAGGAGUUGAUCCACCUGAUGGCCAGUGUCACUGUUAAGAUUAGGUUGUAA